CACAAAUAAACUAGGCGUUUUAGAUUGAGUUGGCCCUUUCUUUGCACUUCACUCGCAUUACUCACUCAGCCAUUGCGGCUAGGGUUUUCUCCCGGUUUCUACCGUUUUACGAUUCGUUUUUUUUUCCCUUUUACAGAUCUCUUUCAAUCUCUCAUUCAUAGAUUCAUGGAGUUCUUGUUGUUAAGGUAGGAUUUCGUGGUCGCCUUUCGCGGAGUGCAAUUUCUUUUUAGCUUUUCCGGUAUUGAUUUGAAGAUAGUUCGAAUGGCGACCACAAAUCCAUUUGAUUUGUUGGGUGAUGACGACGCUGAGGACCCAUCGCAGCUAAUUGCCGCCAAGCAUGCGGCGGUUGCGGCGCCUAAGAAAGGUUCUGAUCAUCCUCAGGCUAAACAGGCGGCUGCGGCAGCUAAACUGAACAAACCUGCUAAUCUUCCUUCCAAGCCUCUUCCACCUGCUCAGGCUGUAAGGGAAGCAAAGAAUGAAGGUGGUCGUGGAGGUCGUGGUAGUGGGCGUGGUGGAGGUGGACGUGGAUAUGGGCAAGGGCGUGGCAGUGGUGGCUUCAAUCGUGAGUCUGCCAAUAACGAGUACUCAUUUAGUAGUAACCCUGAAGAUGGAGAGACUGGAAGGACAACAGAAAGACGUGGUGGAUAUGGUGGACCUCGUGGUCGUGGUGGCCGUCGUGGUGGUUUUAAUAAUGGAGAUGCUGUUGAUGGUGAACACUCUCAUGGUCUAUUUGAACGCCACAGCGGAACUGGCCGUGGAAAUGAAUUCAAGCGUGAAGGGUCUGGGCGUGGGAACUGGGGAAAGCCAACUGACGAAUUUCCUGAGGUUGCAGAGGGAGUCAAUGAAUCUGAGAAGAAGUUAGGUGAUGAGAAGCCCGUUCAUGAGGUUGAUACUGCAGGUGUCAACACAGAGAACUCUGCAAAAGAAUCGGAGGAAAAAGAACCAGAAGACAAGGAAAUGACUCUGGAGGAGUAUGAAAAAUUGCUGGAGGAGAAAAGGAAGACCCUUCUGGCACUAAAAACUGAGGAGAGGAAGGUGGAUCCUAAGGAAUUUGCAUCCUUGCAACAGCUUUCAAGCAAAAAGGAAAACCAGGACGUCUUUAUUAAAUUGGGAUCUGAUAAGGAUAAGCGAAAAGAAACUGCAGAUAAAGAGGAGAGAACUAAGAAGUCUUUGAGUAUUAAUGAGUUCUUGAAGCCAGCAGAAGGGGAGAGACACUACACUCCAGGCGGUCGAGGUAGGGGCCGGGGCCGUGGUGGAAGGGGAGGUUAUGUUGGCAGCUCGGCGAGCAGCAAUGUUCCAGCCCCGUCGAUUGAGGAUCCGGGGCAGUUCCCAACCUUAGGUGCGAAAUGAAUAAUCUGAAUAAAUUGCACUCAAAACUGUGUAUAUGGUUUUGGGGCGGUCUCUUUUAUGUGGGGCAGGGCAAGAAGUUAACUAGAAUAAUAUAGUUUUUCCUUCCCUGUAUUAAAAAGAGUUGCAAAUUUUAUUUGUUUGAAUGUAAAUUGUCAAAGCCAUGUAUUUUCUCGUCACACUUUUCUAUUAUGUGUUUUUCAACUGACUUACCAGAUCAAACUAUUUAUUUAUGCCAUUUUAGCUUGUACCA